AUGAUCUAUCUUUGGCACGUUCUCUUAAUUGGCGACGAUUUUGUUCUUCGCACCAUUUUCGACAGUCUGCUUUUUUCACAUAUUGCUUUCGAUGGUGUUGCUCGAACAGCGUACCGAGGUGUCGUUCAAUGCCGUUUUGGUAGAGCAAGAGUUUAUGUUACUCCGAACAAAAUCCCAUGGAAAGGUUAUGGUAAUCUUACUGCUGCGUAA